AAACUUUCCUGAUCACAAGAACACCUGAGCACCCUGAGUUGGCAGAAGACGAUAGCCAUGAGGUUUGUCAUUGUAACUUUGUCGCUGCUGUUCCUCUCAGGAACUCACGGGGAUUUUCUGUGGCAGCACGAUGAACCUAAAACGCCUGAGCAAGAUGCUAGUGAAGUAAUAGCAAACUUUUUACACAACACCGUCAGGCUGGGGGAAGACGUUUUGAAACAACUGGAGUCAUCAGAAGUUGCUAAAGAACUGCAUGUUAAGGAGAGAAUCGAAACUUUGAAAAAAAAUGCCAAUAACUUUAAGGAAAAAGUUGAUGACUAUGUGGAUACUGUGUGGAAGGAAAUGGACAAAGAAAUUCAUGACAAUUACCCAGUGCUGAGGACGAAGGUGAUCCCUCUCCUUGAGAACUUCUAUAAACAAUGGGAAGCGUACACUGUGAGCUUGAAGAAGGAUGUUUCUCAUUAUACAGUAUCCCUUUUCUCCGAUAUAAAAAGAGGUCUUUUCAGCUACUUUGAAAAGUUGCGCCCCCUUGCAGAGAGUGGCCGUGACAAGUUACGUUCUGAAAUCGAAUCCCUUCGUUCAGACAUAGUACCUUAUUUGGAUCAGCUUCGUGAGGAGCUGGAAAGGAACCAAAAAGAACUAAAAGGUGAUAUGGAAGAGAAGUCUAAGGAAGUGCAUGCACUGAUAGACAAAGGAGUUGACGAAUUGAGGGAACGCUUUAAACCCUAUCUAGAAAAUCUGAAGGAGCAAGUGUCUCCGGGGGCUGAGGAGCUGAAAAAGAAUUUGGAGAAACUGCUUGAAGAGGUCAAAGCAAAACUCUACAAAGAAGCUUAAAAGCACCUGUACAGGUUGAUGUAAGAAGGAAAGAGAUACACCCUUACAUUUUCCAUCCCUCCAUCAUUACUAGACCCACCACCUCAUUCUAACGAUUUUUGUCAACAAACAUAGUAAUUAUCUUUUCCAUCACUUAGUCUCACGUGACUUAAUAGAUCUGAUCUCUUAUUGUAUUCUCUACCACUCAAUUUCUAUGUCGGUUUUCUUUCUUUUUGUUAAUCAAUUUAUGUCGUUUUUCUUUAUUUCUCCCUGGAUUCAAGCCCUCUAUAAGAAGUUAUCUCUUGAUGGUCUGUUGACAAUACUAUUUGUUUUAUGCAAAAAUAAAACUAUUUUCUCAAUUCUUCA